AUGAAUACGCGCCUGUGUUACGAGCGCGAACAUGUGCAGAAGAAGACAUUCACCAAAUGGGUCAAUUCGCAUCUGGACCGCGUCCACUGCCGCAUUCAAGAUCUCUACGCCGACCUGCGAGACGGCAAGAUGCUCCUCAAGUUGUUGGAAGUCCUCAGCGGCGAACGACUACCAAAACCGACCCGCGGCAAGAUGCGAAUUCAUUGCCUGGAGAACGUGGACAAGGCGUUACAGUUCCUUCGUGAACAACAUGUACAUUUGGAGAACAUGGGAUCUCACGACAUCGUCGACGGAAAUCCGCGCCUGUCGUUGGGACUCAUCUGGACGAUCAUCCUGCGCUUCCAGAUUCAAGGCAUAGAGCUAUAUGACACAGAGAACCAGGAGACGCGUUCGGCCAAAGAGGCGUUGUUGCUGUGGUGCCAGAUGAAGACCGCCGGCUACCCGAACAUCAAUAUCCGCAAUUUUAUGACCAGUUGGCGCGAUGGUUUGGCGUUCAACGCCUUGAUCCACAAGCACCGACCGGAUCUGAUCAGCUUCGACAAGCUGCAGAAAUCAAACGCGUUAUACAACCUUGAAAACGCGUUCAGCGUCGCCGAACAACAUCUCGGCAUUACGCGCCUCCUCGAUCCCGAAGACGUCAACGUUGAAAUGCCGGACGAAAAGUCGAUCAUUACAUAUUUGGUCAGCUACUACCAUUAUUUCAACAAGCUGAAGCAAGAGACGAUUCAAGGCAGACGUAUUGGAAAGGUGGUCAACGAGCUGAUGGAAAACGAUCAGAUGAUCAACGAAUACGAGGGGCUGUCAUCUGAUCUACUCGAAUGGAUACGCUCGACGAUCGAGAGGCUAAACGACCGCCAUUUUAUCAAUAGUUUGAUCGGUGUGCAAAAGCAGCUGAGCGAGUUCAAUAGCUAUCGCACAGAAGAGAAGCCGCCAAAGUUCGUGGAAAAGGGCAAUCUUGAAGUUCUGCUAUUCACAUUGCAGUCGAGAAUGCGAGCGAACAACCAGAAGCCAUAUCUGCCACGGGAAGGCAAGAUGCUUGCUGACAUCAAUCGGGCGUGGGAGAAUCUGGAGAGAGCAGAACACGAGCGAGAACUGGCGUUGAAGGAGGAGUUGAUUCGGCAGGAGAAACUUGAGCAACUGGCUGCUCGCUUCGACCGCAAGGCCGGCAUGCGCGAAACGUGGUUGGCUGAAAAUCAGCGACUCGUGUCUCAGGACAACUUUGGCACGGACUUGGCUUCGGUGGAGGCGGCGACCAAAAAGCACGAGGCGAUCGAAACCGACAUCUAUGCGUACGAGGAGCGCGUCCAGGCGGUGCUGGCGGUCGCUCACGAGUUAGAGGCCGAAAAAUACCAUGACAUCGAUCGCAUAAACUCCAGGAAGGAGAACGUGCUGCACCUAUGGAACCUGCUGCUGGAGCUGCUGGUGGGCAGGCGCGUGCGCCUCGAACUGAGCAUGGUCAUCCAACGCAUCUUCCAAGACAUGAUCUACGUGCUCGAUUGGAUGGACGAACUAAAAGGACGUCUGUUGAGCGAGGACUACGGCAAACACUUGAUGGGAGUCGAAGACCUGAUCCAAAAACACCAGCUUAUCGAGGCGGACGUGAACAUCGUCGGUGACCGCGUGAAGGCGGUCUGCCAACAGGCCGAACGGUUCACAUUGCCCGAGGGGCCGGAUGGAUCAGAAUAUCACCCGGUAGAUCCGCAGAUUGUUAACGAUCAGAUCAGACUACUCAAGGAACGUUACAACGAUCUACUAGCGAUGUUGGACGAUCGUCGAAGGCGUUUGGAAGACAACAAGCGCCUUUGCCAGUUUUUCUUGGACGUGGAGGAGUUGGAGCAAGGCUUCAAAGAAUUGGAAAAGGUGUUGAAUUCGCCGGAUGUUGGGCACGACGUCGUUUCCGUGCAUCUGCUGCUGUCGAAGCACAAAAGUGUCGAAGAUGAAAUGGGUUCUCUGGAGCGCAACAAAAACACCGUUGUCGACAAUGGCCAGCGUUUGAUCGAGGAGUCGAUUCCUGGUUCUGAACAGAUUCAAGAGCAGAUCGAUCACCUACAGGAGAUGUGGGUCGCUCUGUGCAAGCUGGCCGACAUGCGAAAGGGCCGGCUUCUUGGGGCGGUCGACUACUAUCAGUUCUUCGCCGAAUGUGACGACAUCGACGCAUGGGUGGUCGAUACGUUGCGUAUCAUCAGCUCGGAGGACGUCGGCAAAGACGAGGCGUCCGUGCAGCAGCUGCUCAAGCAGCACGAUACGGUCACCGACGAAUUGAACAACGGCCGCAAGCAGAUCGACCAGCUGUACCAGCAAGCCAAGAUCGCGAAGCUGCGCAAGCAACGUCUUCUGGACGCACUGACACUUCACCAGCUGUUCAACGACGCCGACUCGGUUGAAGCUUGGAUCGACGAAAAGGUUCGUGAGUUGUUUUUCUGUGUAGCGAAACUGUUGGAAUCACUAAAACCGGGCAACGAUCUCGAAGAAGUUCACAUCAUGCGUCAUCGAUUCCAAACCUUGGAACAGGACAUGAAUAACCAAGCGGCAAAGGUGGCGACAGUAAAUCAACUGUCGCGACAGCUGCUUCACGUUGAGCAUCCGAACUCGGACGAAAUACUGCAGCGACAGAACCGUCUGAAUGCUCGAUGGGCUCAACUGCAGGACAUGGUGAAGCGGAAGCGCGUCGAGCUCGACCGGGCUUACCGCCUGCAGACGUUCCGAAUAGACUGUCAAGAAACUGUGACCUGGAUCCAGGACAAGACUCGCCUGCAACGACGCCUAUCGAUGAUGGAGCGCGAUUUGGGAGCCAUUCAAGCCAAGCUGGACAACCUGGAAAAUGAGGCGGAACAGAUCCAGACCGAAAGACCAGAGGAGGUCGAAGCGAUUCGCGACAACAUUCACAAAAUCCACGACGUGUGGGAAAAGUUGACGCUAAAGGUGCGUGAGCACGAGGCGAAAUUGGAUGAAGCUGGUGACCUGCAACGCUUCUUGAGGGACGUAGACCAUUUCCAAGGAUGGCUAACUACCAUUCAGAGACAG